UAUUCUCUAUUCUAUGAUUAUGGCAAGCCAAUGAUUUAUUCUAUAAGCAAAACUGUGUGAAAGGUCCAAUUGAGUAAAAUGCCUCCAAAAAAAACAACUCAUAAAGGUUUCCUGCCCGGUAACUACGCUAGUAUAAGGUCAAAAGAAUGUAGGGAGAGAUAUGAGGCAAGAAUUUCAUUGAUACAUUCUGUUGACCCAUACAAGAUACCAAAAAACGACUGGGAAGAUUGUAUGGAAUUAUGGCCGAAUAUUUCUAACAUAAACGUGGGCAUGUAUUUAUUGUUUUCGGUAAGCUCAUACUCACAGAACGAGCUUAUGAACUACAAAAGUCUUUUGUGCUACCAGAGCUUCGCGAAUGGCUGGGUUCGAGAAGUUUUGUUAAAAGAAUUUGGCGAUAAUCGGCUGAUGAUUGCGAAGGUAAAUCACUCGCAAAAAAUGUCAGAGAAGCCACUGACUCCAUGGGUUAUCUGUGAGAAGGAAGGGAAGAUUUUAUUUGGUCGCUGUGAUUGUAUGGCUGGUUUAAGGGAAAGCUGCUCCCAUGUAAUCAGUGUCAGCUGAGUCAACACACAAAUAUAUUGCAUACAUGUACCAAACAGUCAUGUUAUAAUGUCAUUUUAUUUCAGGUCCAAGAUCAAUUGUUUUGCAGUGCACGCAGCUAUUGUGAUUUUGUUGUGUGGAGUGAGAAAAUGCUCUACAUAGAAAGAAUUUUGCCCGAUGAGAAGUUUUAGAAAGAAAAUGUAUCUCGAGUAGAGAAAUUAUUAUCAAAAGGAUCCUUCCCGAGCUGCUUGGGAAAUUUUACUCUCGCACACAUCAGGAAAAAAGAAUACGACUCAAUGUAUAAAGCUACAUACAUUAGCAGAUCCAGGGUAGGUCAGAAUACAUUAUAGUAGCUAAUUUUAAAUUCAAAAUAAUUUAACAGCAAUGUUGCUGGUUAGAAAUUUCAAAAAAAUAUUUAAUAACCAGAACAUCAUCAAUAAUGUUAGUUGUAAAGUAUUUUGAAUGGGAAAUAUAUUUAUAUCAACGUAUUCUGACCUACGCUA